CCUUUGUCGGCUCAGGCAUCCAGCUGGUGCACUGACCAGCCUGCGCAGCCCUAAACAUGGCAAGCUGGGCUAGAAAGUGCAGGAGAGGAUGAGGAGCCCCACCACAUCCAACAGAAACCCCAGGAUCCACUAUGUGCCCCCAGCACCUCUACAUUGCUGAUAUUUACUCUCUCCUUCCACUCUCCCUCCUGUAUCUCCCAGCCGCCUCUGAUCCUAUUGCCCCAGGCUGGCCCUUUGUCAUACUCUGGAAUGCACCAACGCGGCCAUGUUUGGAUAGCCAUGGGGUAAUGAUUGAUCUUGAAACUUUUGACAUAGUAAGCAACCAGAACCAGUCAUUCAUGGGCACGAAUGCCGUGAUCUUUUACAACACCCAUCUGGGGCUGUAUCCUUUUUAUGACCACAAUUAUGUGCCAGUCAAUGGUGGGCUGCCGCAGAACGCCAGCCUUGAGGAACAUUUGGUUAAAGUUCAUAAGGAUUUGAAAUCCGCCAGUGUAGACAAGAAUUUUAACGGUGUGGCGGUGGUAGACUGGGAACACUGGAGACCAUUAUGGAAUCGCAACUGGAAAAAGAAGGCACUGUACCAGCUGCAGUCACUAGAAAUGAUAAGCCAGAGACAUCCACUGUGGUCAUAUAGGAGGAUACAGAGAUUGGCCAAGAGGCAAUUUGAGGCAUCGGCCAAGGACUUUAUGUUGUCUACCCUUCACCUGGGCCGCAAAUUGAGCCCCAAAGGCCUCUGGGGGUUCUAUGGGUUUCCAGAAUGCUAUAAUUUCGAGUACAAGAAUGGGAGCCAGAAUUACACCGGCCAGUGCCCAGAUGAUGAAGUAGAAAGGAAUGAUGCAUUGACCUGGUUGUGGGGCAUUAGCCGAGCACUGUACCCUCACAUAUACCUGGAUACAGACCUAAAAGACUCUGAAUACGUGAGACUGUUUGUGAGGCACAGGGUGGAAGAGGGCUUCAGGGUGCAUAAGGUGUCACCUGGUGCAGACCUUCCUGUCCUGCCGUACGCCCGCAUAGUGUACACCUACAGCAUGGACUUCCUCACACAGGGUGACCUGGUGCAGACCAUAGGACAGAGUGCCGCGCUGGGAGCCACUGGUGUCGUCCUGUGGGGCAACGCAGACUACAGCUCCAGCAAGGAGUCCUGCCUGGCAGUGAGGUCCUACAUAGAGAAGACCCUGGGUCCAUAUGCGAAGAAUGUAACCACAGGCGCAAUACUCUGCAGCAGAACCCAAUGUUCCAAUCAUGGACGCUGUGUGCGGAAAUACCCUGAAAAAGACACCCAUCUGCACCUGGACCCCACUAUCUUCAGCAUUAAGCAACACCCCCUUGGGGAAAGUGUUGUGGUACUUGACAAUACUUCCAGUAAGAAACUCAUCCGCAUGUGGCCGCAAUUCCUGUGCCGCUGCUACAAGGGGUGGCAGGGAAGCGACUGCUCGCAUAAGAGACACUGACAGAACCUUUCUAACACUCUCAGACAUGGUAACGCAACUCACCGGAUCCGCCCAGCCCUCCUGAGAGGGAUCUGCAUUUCCAUAACACAGCCCAUUGCCCAAUCACAGGAUUCUAGGAGAACUUGCAAUCUGUCAGAUGGCUAUAGAACAAAUGUGAUUUCUUUGCAUUGCAGAUUUGAGAUUACAAUAUUGUACAAUGGUAAGCAAUUAAAUUGGACACAAUCAGAUUGUACAUUAAACAAUGUCCUUUCUGGGGCAGCUUCCCCCAAUCAAAUAGACCACUUCUUUUAAAUAA